AUGUCCUGCAACAGCUCCUCUAGAAACUUCUCCUCCCGCUCCUUUGGGGGUUACCUGCAAUACCCUGUCUCCUCCUAUGGUUCCUCUUUUCCCGGCAGUGUCUUCUACAGCCCUGUUCUCCAAACUCCCAUCACCUACCAGCUGAGCGCCCCUCUCCAAAGUGGCUGUCAGGAGACCUUCUGUGAGCCCAGCAGCUGCCAGACAUCCUAUGCAGUUUCCCCUCGCUGCCACAGGCCCUGCCACCGUCCCAGCUUCUCUGUGUCCUGCACUCCCUGCCAGGCAAUUUUCUCGGGAUCUCUGGGCUUUGGGUCCGCGGGCUUCCAAUCUUGUGGCUGGGGCUGGCCAUCCGUGGACUUUGGAUCCCAUGGAUUCCACUCAGUGGGAUGCGGUCCUCAGGCUUUCUCAUCUCUGAAUCGUGGAUCCAACUUCUACCGCCCCACCUACUUUUCUUCUAAAAGCUGUCAGUCUGUUUCUUACAGGCCAGCCUGUGGGUCUGGCUUCCUCUGA